ACCUUUCGUCUGUUAUUGCCUUGUCAAAACCGACUGCUCCUGGCUAUGGAUGGUAAAGAUAAUGGACGUAGGGCGCUAAGUAAAACGUCCAGCAUUGCGGCGGAUAGAUCAAAAAACAAGGAUGUCAAAAAGACGGUGGAUAGGGGUCAACAGACAAGCAACUAUAAAUCGAAUAUCAGAGAUUUUCGUAUGCACUAUGAGGGCAGUGUCAGCUCUAACUCUGUUGAGGAUAUAAGAGCCAAGGCUGCACGUUCCACUAACGAAAUGGAACAACAUCUUGACUUUGAUGAUCUCUUGCCGGAAAUUGGCGAGUUCGGAUGCUUUCAGAAAGUUCUGUUCGUUUUGAUGAUACCCUUUUGCUACAUAUCCGCCUUUGUGUAUCUAAGCCAGAUCUUCAUGACGCUGCCGCCGGAUAAAUAUUACUGCUUUGUCAACGAGCUGUCGCUUAUAGCCAGCGAGGAGGAGCGCAAACAGCUUUCUAUACCCAAGGAGGCCGAUGGCAGCUACAGUCGCUGCCAGAUGUAUGAUGUCAAUUAUACGGCCGUGUUUAAGUCCAAGAAUCGCAGCGAGCUAAUCAAUAGUUCGCUGCCGCUUAUACCCUGCCGGGAAGGUUAUGUCUUUGACCGCAACGAGCCUUUUCGUACGGCAACCAUGGAGUUCGGCUGGGUCUGCGCCAAUGAUCGCUAUGCCACAUACGCCCAAGUGAUCUUUUUUCUGGGCUCCGUUGCAGGUUGCCUGGCCUAUGGACACUUUGCGGAUCAUUGCGGUCGCGUGGCUGCUUUGGUUAGCAGCUGCUCCCUGGCAUUCUUCGGCAGUAUUUUUACAUCGAUGGCCACUGACUUUGUUAGCUUUGUCAUUAUUCGCCUGAUUGUUGGCGCCUCCUUUGAUACUUGCUUCACCAUGAUCUAUAUACUGGUACUCGAGUAUGUUGGACCGACGUAUCGCACCUUCGUGGGCAACAUGUCGCUGGCCAUGUUCUACUCGCCGUUCACCAUGCUGAUACCCUGGAUGGCCCUAUUGCUGCGCACCUGGGGAAACUUUGCUUUGUUCGGCUCGAUACCCAUUGCUUUUGCUCUAUGCGCAUAUUGUUAUUUGCCCGAAUCGGCGCGCUGGCUGGUCUCUGUGGGCAAGAUCGACAACGCAAUUGACAUACUGAAGAACGUGGCAGCUAGAAAUAAACGAACCGUUUCAAAGAGUUACUGGAAGAAAUUCUACGAGAAUUGCGAACUGUUCUACAAAGAGGAGUUUGAGGGUCGUAGCUUUACGGUAUUUUCGAUUUUUAAACGUCGCCGCCUGGCUCGCUAUAUGGUGCUCAUGGUAUUUAUUUGGAUGACUAUGUCACUGAUCUAUGAUGGCCAUGUACGCGCCGCGUCUGUCCUGGACAAGGAGAACGUGGUUGUUGUCUUUACCAUAGCCUGCGCCACAGAGCUGCCGGGCGAUCUUCUCGUUAUUGUGACCCUGGAUCGCUUUGGACGUCGCUGGUGCGCCUUUACCUUUACCACGCUGAGCGGCGUUUUCAGUUUGUUGGCGGCUAACUUAAAGAAUCCCACACACACAUUGGUGGCCGCUUUGGCGGGACGCUUCUUUGCCAAUGUUUGCUACAACAUUGGACUGCAAUGGGCGGCCGAAGUGCUGCCGACGGUGGUGCGUGCCCAGGGCGUGGCCUUCAUACAUACCAUGGGCUUUGUGGCUAUGUUACUCUCCCCGCCGGUCAUCUACCUGUCUAAUGUAUCUCUAUCGCUGAUGCUCAACACUCUGGGUUUGCUGGGUAUUUUGGGUGGCAUUCUAUCGUUGUUCCUGCCGGAGACCUUGCACCAAGAUCUGCCGCAAACGCUCAGCGAUGGCGACGACUUUGGCAAGGAUCAACGCAUGUGGCAUCAACCUUGUUGCGGACCGGGAGCGAGGCGCACGCAACGUUUCAAGCGAAACUGGCACGAGGGCUCCAGCUUGCGCACCCUUUCACGAGAUGAGUUCCGAUCCAAAAAAAUGCAUCGCGUCGCCGUGGUUAGACCACAUGCAAGCAGCUUCAUCACCCGCAUGCCUUCUUUAGUCAGCCAGGGUACAGAGGUUUUGGAAAGGAUAGAAAAGUAUACACCACACGAUGGAUUAAAACGAAACAAGAAAUAAUUAUAAAUCUAGAUUGUCCAGUACACCUGUCGACAGGUAUAGUUCAGAACCAAAUUGUUAAGUUCGACGAAGCUGCUGUUUAUCCAAUUUACCAGCAGCUUGUAGAAAUUUUUGUAUUCCAGUUUAUUUUGUGGUUGUGCCGUGUGUUUAAAUUUACAA